UUCAUUUCCCUCGGCAAAGCCAUGGAUUCUCUUAUACCAUUUCAAGACCUCAAUGACUUACCCGACCCAUCCGCCUGUAUGCCGAGCGGCAGCACCAACCCCAUCAAUGCCGGUGCUGGUGCGACUACUCCCACCGUUAUGUUGGUCCCGAAAUUGGAACCGAAGCUCGAGCCGUUGGAUGAGCCAUGUCUGAACCAUCAUCCCCAGGAACCCCAAGAAGUGGAGCGGACCAUGUUUUCGAAUCAUGCCUUGGACGGGCUCUCUCCGUCGCAGCGCAGUAAUUUCUGUGAUAAUAACCUCGCCUCCGUUGACAACCGAGGCGCAUCGACGGAACAGGACAACCUGUAUGCGGAGUUCUAUCGAUUUUCCGAGCAGUUUAGGACUAUGUUGGCUGAGAGGUUUAACGCAAAGGGAGAUGCCAAUGCUUUAGGUCCGGAUUCGCGGGCAAUUGUUCCAGUGCCACAGGAAAACCAGGUUCCUCCGGUCGUCGUUACUCCGCGGCGGAUCCCGCGAGUGAAGGAGCUGGUGAGGGUCAAUGAUCUUCGAAUUGAAGAUGACCGGUAUUUCCGCAACAUUACUAGAAGGACCAGGAUGAUUUACGAUUCGUUGCGUGUUUUGGCAACGGUGGAGGAGGAGAAGAAAUUCGAUUUUUCUGGCGCUAAACGUAUGCGAGGUGAUUUGAGGGCUGCCUCGUUGAUGAGGGAUCGUGGAUUGUGGCUUAAUCGUGAUAAGCGGAUAGUGGGCGCGAUCCCAGGGAUUUACAUUGGCGAUUUGUUCUUUUUUAGGAUGGAACUCGUCGUGGUUGGGUUGCACGGUCAACCACAAGCUGGAAUUGACUAUCUUCCUUCUAGCCAGAGCACAAAUGGGGAGCCAAUAGCUACCAGUGUGAUAGUUUCUGGUGGAUACGAGGAUGACGAAGACGGUGGCGAUGUGAUAAUCUACACGGGUCAUGGAGGCCAAGCUAAGAAUCAUUCAAGGCAAGUUGUUCACCAGAAGUUAGAAGGAGGAAAUCGUGCCAUGGAAAGAAGCAUGCAUUAUGGAAUUGAAGUGCGUGUGAUUCGAGGGUUCAAAUAUGAUGGAAGCGUUUCCAGUAAAAUUUACGUUUAUGAUGGCUUGUAUAGAAUUGUUCAAUGCUGGUUUGAUGUGGGUAAAUCUGGAUUUGGGGUUUACAAGUAUAAACUUGUUAGAAUUGAGGGCCAACCUGAAAUGGGUAGUGCUAUUCUUAGACUUGCUCAGGCUCUUAGGACUCGUCCUUUGUCUGUCAAGCCAAUGGCUUAUCUCAGUCUUGAUAUUUCUAACCAAAAGGAGAAGGUUCCCGUUCGUCUUUUUAACGACAUAGAUAGGGAUCAUGAGCCUUUGCGUUAUGAAUAUCUUUCCCGGACUAAUUUUCCUCCAUUUGUAUUUCAUCUAACUGGGAAUGCUACCGGUUGUGACUGCGUUGAUGGGUGUGCUGAUAACUGCUUUUGUGCUAUGAAAAACGGCGGCCAAUUCCCUUAUAAUCUAAAUGGGAUUCUUGUGAGAGGGAAGCCUAUAAUUUUUGAAUGUGGCCCUUUCUGUCGUUGUCCUCCACAUUGCCGAAAUCGGGUUACGCAGCAUGGGCCGAAAAAUAGAUUGGAAGUGUUUCGGUCAAGGGAAACAGGUUGGGGAGUGAGGUCAUUGGACCUUAUUCAUGCGGGUGCUUUUAUCUGUGAAUAUGCAGGGGUUGUUCUGACUAUGGAGCAAGCACAGAUUUUGUCAAUGAAUGGAGAUUCAUUGAUAUAUCCGAGUCGGUUUUCUAAUAGGCAAGCCUCAGAAUGGGGUGAUUUAUCUCAAAUAUACUCUGAUUAUGUGCGUCCAUCUUAUCCAUCAAUUCCACCUUUAGAUUUUGCCAUGGAUGUGUCCACAAUGAGGAAUCUUGCUUGCUAUAUGAGCCACAGUUCAAUACCUAACGUGUCGGUUCAGUUUGUGCUGUAUGAUCACAAUAAUUUGAUGUUCCCUCACCUUAUGCUAUUUGCAUUGGAGAACAUCCCUCCAAUGAGGGAGCUCAGCCUUGAUUAUGGAAUUGCACAGGAAACUCGUCUUUGGGAAGAAGGCGCUCAGAGAACAGUUACAAUGAGGAAAAAGGAAGGGCUGUCUGAUUAUCGAUAUUUUCCAGAACCAGAUCUUCCUGCAGUCUUCCUUUCCAAAGAAUAUGUUGAUGAUAUUCGCAAUUCCUUACCUGAGCUUCCAGAAAUAAAGCGUAGAAGAUAUGAGAAUAUGGGCUUAAGCAUGCAAGAUGUUCUUUUCCUUGCUAAUGAUAAAAAUAUUGCAGAGUUUUUCGAUGCUACCCUUGCCAAAGGUGCUGAUGUAAAGCUGGCUGCCAAUUGGAUUAUGGGCGAUAUUGCCGCCUUCAUGAAAAAUGAAAAGUUGACUAUAAAUGAAAUUAAGCUUACACCUGAAGAGCUGUCCGAGUUGAUAGCUUCCAUUCAAGGUGGAGUUAUCAGUGGCAAGAUUGGGAAGGAGAUAUUAUUCGAGCUGCUAGCCAAGGGUGGAACCGUUAAGGGGCUGAUAAAAGAAAAGGAUUUGGUUCAGAUAACAGAUCCUGCUGAGAUUGAAAAAAUGGUGGACCAAGUGCUUGCGGAGAAUCCAAAGCAGCUAGAACAACAUAUCGUGGAGGCAAAACUAAGCUACACAG